AUGCUUGUUAAUGAGCAAUAUGUGAAAAAUACAUUGAAAGAUAUUAAUUUAAUAUAUGAUAGCCAUAACCAAAUUAUUCCAGAGAUGGAAAUUUCAUUCUUAGAUAUGGACGAUAUAUUAUUUAGGAUUAAGAAUUGUAGAGGAAUAGUUUAUACCAAGGACGUUGGAUCUGAACAAAAGGAAUGGGAGUUUGUUUUAUUUACAUUUUGUGGAUAUCCAUUAUUAGUGAAAGUUGAUAAAUAUGGAAUUUAUAUUAAUGAUUUACAAUUCUUUGAAAUGGAAAAAUACUCUCUAUCAUUGACCCACCAUUCUCGGUUUAACAUAAUUGAAUCUAUUUUCAAUUACAAAUAUGAACCAGUUGGAUAUUGUGGAAUAGACGAAACAUUCAAUCACGAUUCUAUUUUGGAAAUUAUUCUUGUUGAAUUCUUUCAACAGAUUUUAACCUAUUUGCCAACCUCAGUGAAAAAUGAAUUGAAAACGGAUAUUGAUACAUUAGAAUACAGUUUUUUUCAAGUUCCCUUAAUGAAAGAUCUCAUUUCGGAUAUUAAACAAACCUAUGGACGAAACUCUUACAAGAAAUUGAAAAUUGAAAAACCAAAAAAAAUAGAAAACAUGAGGAAAGGUAGAACACGACUUUCCCUUAGUGAAUUAUUGAACUAA